GCCAGACCAGAACAACUAGCUUCAAAUCAAACAAAUAUCGAACAAAAGUUUCCUAAAUCUGUCCAAGGAUUACUCAAGAAGAAGUCGCUUCUGCUUCUGCUUCUGCCUCUCUGUCUGUGUCCCUGUUUGUACGUGUACGUGUACGUGUGUCUCGUCUCCCUCACCUCACCUUCGCUUCGGGCGCGCACUGGAAGAGGAAACUGGAACUGGAAUUGGUAUUGGUAUUGCUGUAGCUGUAGCUGGAGUUCUGGAAGCAGCAAGCCUCUUCUUCGUUCGCUUCUUCGCUUUCUUGGCGGACAUUCGCGGCUGCGUGAUAUUGCCCGGAUCACCCCAGCGAUCAGUCGAAGACGAAGACUUGCAGUGAACGCGACGUGUACUAGUGUUAGCCUUCUCGAACGCGCGUCUUCCCACACAUCCAAUCGCUCUUGCAUUCAGCUCGUUAGAUCGUCGUCAGUUACAGCCAGAUUGUACUCCGAACUCACUCUCUACCAGCCGCAUACCAAGCAAAAGAUGGCCAAAAUCAUUCUGUUCUGUGUGCUGAGCCUUUUGGCGUGCGCUGCAGGUCAACGCAUUACGACAAUCCAUUUGGAUGGAGUCCAGUACUUCAUUAGCCGGAUGAAUCCCUAUUCGCCGGAGCUGAACUACUUCCUGGCCUACCAGUACUGCCGCUCCUUGGGCCUGCAGCUGGCCUCGUUCGAGACGAAGGAGAAGGCCGAAUCGAUGACCACGUACUUGAAGAAUGCCGGCUACGGCAACUACGAUUUCUGGACCUCCGGAAAUCGCCUGGGCACGGGCAUGUUCCUAUGGAUGAGCACCGGUUUACCGUUCAAUGCCACCUUUGACUUCUUCGAGAACUCGGCGGACGCCAUCCAGGCCGGCCUCCUCGAUCCCGUCGAUCACAACAGCAACACCUCGCCCCAGCGCACCGCCCGCGACAGCAGCAGUGGCGCCGAGAAGGGAUGCGUUAUCCUGAAGCAGCCCACGCUCAAGUGGAUGCCCGAGGACUGCUCCGCCGUCAAGGACUUCAUUUGCGAGCAGACCCGCUGCUACUACUACAACUACGGCAGCAUCCCGGUCUCGUCUGCGCAGGGACGUCCCAUCACCUCGACCACGCCCAGACCGCCUGCCGCACUGAUGCAUCUGCAUGCCGCCACCACCACCACGCCCCUGCCCCUGCUCAUGUCCACCACCGGAGGCCUGUACACGGCCGCCAAGGCCAAGUCGUCGCCAGCAAUUGCCCAUCGGCUGGCAGAGGAGGCCAGCUCGCCGUCGUUCCACUCCUUCAAGCUGAACCAAGAUCGCUCGCUGACCGACAAGGAUGCCAUUGACGUGGAGGUGGAUGACCAGGACGCAGACAUGGACGCCGAGGAGCACGACGAGCACGAGCACGAGGUGGAGAGCGAUGGCGAUGUGGAGGGCGACGAGCACGAUGGGGACAGCGACAACUUCAGCGAGCAUGCCCGCGAGCUGGUCGGCGAUGGAGAGGGCGAUGACAUCAAGGAGCAUGUCUUCCCGCUGCACGACAACGAGCUGCACCACGAGAUGCACUCCAUUGAAGAGGUUCAGCAGCAGCUGCAGCACCACGAUGAAGAUGCCGCACCAGCACCCGCCGCCGCCGCCGCCGCCGCAGCCAUCGCCGCCGCUGCCGAGGAGAGUGUCAGCGCUGAGCACGAGCCGGAGGCUGACGGAGACUCUGAGCCGGAAGCGGAGGCAGAAGCAGAAACCGACUCGGAGGCCGAAUCCCAGGCACCUGGACAGGCCAGCGAGGCGCUGCCGAGCUCCACAGAGUCGCCGGCCGCCGCCGCCAUCGAGGAGCGCAUCAAGCAGAUUGCCCAGGACUUCCAGAAGAUGGCCAGCUCGCAGGAGAUGCAGACCCCAUCCAACGAGGAGAACUUGCCCAAGCAAUCGCUCUCGCUGAACGACCUGAUACGCACCCUGCGCCCCAACGAGCAGCAGAUCAUACCCCAAAUCGACUCCGACUACUCGAACGCCAUGCGGGUCCUGGGCAAGACCCUGGUGCCCCAUAACUAGGCGUCCAUCUCCCCCCCCAGCAUCCAUUAGCAUCCACUAGCCUAAGUUGUGUGUGUUUGGGUCUGGGGCCUACAUCGGGACUAUCCCAUCCACUGUGGGAUUGGGUUCCACUGAGGAACGAGCAUUUUCAAGUGCCGGCCGGAUAACGUCCGAAAAUGUCGCUUCUCUCUGCGGACCCAUCCCCGCAGACCGGGGCAGUCCGUGGGCCCCUGUAGAAAUUUUGCGAUCCGCACUGAUCAUUCCACUAGCAUAUAUCGAGCAACAAGAGAUUAAAGGAGCUAAGACACUAUUCUACUAUAUAUAAAUACGAU